UAUUUGUCAACAUAGCUCAAUGACGAAGAAUAGAAAAUCGGAAACAAAACAGUGGAAGAUUCGCAUCCUAAAUUUUGCAAUAUUUCGUGAUUUACUUGAAUAAAAAACAAGCAAAAAGAGAAAAGACAUACUAAAUUUUGCAAUACCAAUAAGUAGCUCUAUAUUUCAUUGUGGAUCUGACUAAUAUGUGCUGAAAAGUGCACUCUGAAAACAGCAAGUGAUCUAUUAGUGAAAGAAAUCUCUACAAAAUCCACCAAAAUGUCGAUUAUGGAUAGAAUCAGACAGUCAUACUGGGUCGAAAACGUCCCCAGGCGGAACAUUAUCGCGACGCUUGUCGCAUCCUUUUUGUUUUUCACGGGCUGGUGGAUCGCAAUCGAUACGGCUGCUGUAAGUCCGAAAUCAUGGGAUUUCUCGUACUACAUAUGCGGCAUCUUGGCCACUAUAAGCUUUUUCAUGGUUAAUUCAAUUUCGAACGAAAUGCUACACGGUGGCGCUGCAUACACUGGCGGAGUUAUGGGCGAGAGUGGUAUCAAGGUUUUUCUGUUCAUCGGAUUCGUACUUGGCUUUGCAUCGAUUAUCGCGGCCAUUUGGAUCAUGAUAGCGGAGUUCGUUACUGAUGGUAACAAGACGGAAAAAGGACCCGGCUAUGCACUGUUGGUGCAUAACAUGUUCAUAUUUUUCUCAUCGAUAAUUUAUAAAUUUGGUCGUCACAGUGAUGACACGUAUGCAGCUGGUAUUUUUUAAAAUUGUUAUUGAAACCGAUCAGUUCUGAUUUGAUAGUAAUUCACACGAUAUGAUUCAUUUCCAACUUUCUAAUAUUUUUUUCGAUUUUUUUUUGUUGAUGUUGGUGAUUUAAAACUAAACACCGACCUGCAUCAUUAUUGUGUUACUUAUUUAAUCGAAAGAAUGGUUUAUGAACGAAUACAUUGAUAAUAAUCGUAGUAAUAUUGAUAACCUUGAAGAAUAAUUAAAAAAUGUGCAUUCAUCUUAAUCAAUAUUAAGAUAAAUAAAAAAAUUAGUAAACCUUGAUAUUGCGAUUGAUUUCUUUCUGUAUCUAAAGUGAGCCACUGAACAGAAAAAUGUUGAAAAUAAGUUGUUUUUUUCAAUAAGCUUUACUAAUGAAAAUGAACCUUCCAACUGAUGAUGAUUACGUUUAAUUCAACCCGAAUAGGUUUAAACAUGCGGACCCAAUCGAAUCUAUUUUUCAAGUGCAUUUUGCUUGACAAAAAAAAUCUUGCAAACUUUUUUCCCCACGUUUCUCCUAUAAAAGAAGCAAACGUUUUCGUGACUAGGGCUUUAUUUCGUAGUUUUUGUGACCGAGUUAGAAUUGGAAUAAAUGUUGUAAUUUGGGUAAUUCGUAUUUUUAAGUUGUUUUGGUGAUAGAAAAAAAGUUCAAAUAAUAUAUUUUUGUGUUCAGAAUUAUAAAAACUUAAUAAACGAGAAGCAAAAUAAAAUUACAAUUAAGUUUAGAAGUCAGGAAAAAUAUCAAUGAAACCAAAAGAUAUAUGAAACUUA